GUCUACACAGCUAUCGUAUGCUCAGCCCACAAAGACAAAUAGUAUUGGAGCGGCAGGGCAGCAGGGCAGAGGUGCAGAUGAAAAGAGCCUAGAGAAACUAUUGCUUUAAGCUCUGAAAUACAACUACCAGACCUCCAAAACAAAAAUGAAUGGACAGAAGCAGUGGACACGGUUGGCAAUGGCACUCCUGGUGCUUACAGUGAUUGCAGCUGAAGGAGGAAAAGCAGAAAAACAAGGAAAGAAGGAGCGCAAAUCAGACUGUGGGGAGUGGCAGUGGAGUGUGUGCGUAGCCAAUGAAGGGGACUGUGGACUUGGCACCAGGGAGGGAACACGCACCGGCACUGACUGCAAGCAGACCAUCAAGACCCAGCGCUGCAAGAUCCCCUGCAACUGGAAAAAGAAGUUUGGAGGCGAAUGCAAGUAUGACUUCCAGGCUUGGGGGGAGUGUGAUCUGGCAACGGGCAAAAAGAACAGAACAGGAGUGCUAAAGCGAGCGCUUAUGGAUGCAACCUGCGCAUCCACUGUCACAGCCACCAAGCCUUGUGGGAAAAUCCCUAAGACCAAGCUGCAAGAUGCAAAGAAGCAAAAGAAGGAAGGCAAGAAGCGAGAACGCACCCAAAUGGCCGACGAGCUUGUUUGAACCAGGGAGGGAGGAAGAAGACAGUGGGGAUGAUUCCACUGCCCUGUUUCAACAUGGUUCCUCUUUACAUGUCCUGUAGGUUGACUGUAGGAGCCUAUAUAGCUUUGACAAAAAAAUAAAAUCAGUGGAAAUGUGACUCUUAGUGACCACUUUUUACCUUUUUCUUCUUUCUAGCACCUCAGAAGAAAAACCUGUAUGUUGCAAUAGAGGAUAUAAUACAAUAGAGAUAAAUAAUGAGAAGAUUUAAUUAGUCGUGUUCCCGCCUAAUGAUGUUAUGUUUAGGAUUAUUUUUUUAAGGACAAAUUGCUUAGGAUUUGUCUUACAGUUGCACAUAGCAUAACCCUAAUUUGGAAAACUCUUUGAUCCAUGCCCAGACUUAAUAAGUCAGUUUGCUAAAACUGAAGUUAUGAACAUGUUUACUCAAUUAAUUUGACCAAAAAAAAAAAAAAAAAGUCAUGAAUUUGCAAUUUGUGGCUCAAUUUAAUUAGAAUUUCUUAUUCUUUCUGUCAAAUAGUGUUGAAUAAACAUAAGCUAGUUCUUUUUUUUUUUUUUUCUCCUGCUGCUCUGUUGUACCUCAAUUUAUACCCCACUGAUUUUUACUCUCCAUCUCUUUGUUGUAAAAAAAAAAAAAGAAAAGAAAAAAGUCCUCACUGUGGUAGUCCUUCAAGUUAACAUCCCCUUUGCUUCCUGGUACAUUUCCAAAAGUUAAAAAUGCAUAAAAUAAAAAUCAAAGUUAGAAAA